AUGGAAAAUAAUUCUCCAAGAGUGAUAUCCAUAAGUAAAAUUAAAGCUUUAGCUCAUCAAGAAUCAACACAAAGCCAGAGAAUUAACUUAACACCACAUGAUCUCGGCCAGCUUUUGCUUGCACCCAUUCAAAGAGGUCUUCUUUACCACAAACCAAUUCUAAAUUCAUCACAAUCCAAAAACUUCAUAGAACACUUAAAAUCCACUCUUUCUCGAACACUAGACUUCUUCUUCCCUCUUGCCGGCCGCUUAGCUACCGCCACGGAUCACGACAAUAGUAACACCGUGUCUUUCUUUAUUGACUGCAACAAUGCCGGGGCCGAAUUUGCUCAUGCCAUAGCUGAAAAUGUUACGGUUUCGGAUAUUCUCGAGCCCAUUUAUGUUCCGGACAUUGUUCCCAACAUGUUUUUUCCCCUCAACGGGGUUGUAAACUACGAUGGUGUUUCGUAUCCGUUGCUUGCGGUUCAAGUAACGGAGCUGGUCGAUGGAGUAUUUAUCGGGUUAGCUAUAAAUCAUUCGGUCGCUGAUGGAGCCGCAUUUUGGAAUUUCGUCAAUUCUUGGUCUGAAAUCUCUCGUAAAACUUAUCACAAUGAUAAUAAUCUUAAUGAUCAGAUAAUCUCAAAACCUCCUGUGAUCGAACAUUGGUUUCGAAAUUGUAGUUAUUCCGUUAUCAAAAUUCCGCUUUCGCUCAUUGAAACCGAUCAUCGUGACGAUCCCCCAAUGCUGAAGAAGAGAAUAUUCCAUUUCAGCAAAGAGAACAUUUUAGGGUUAAAAGAAAAAGCCAAUAUAGAGGCAAAAGUUGAUAAUAACAAUAACAAAAUCUCGUCUCUUCAAUCCGUUAUCGCUCAUAUUUGGAAAUCGCUAACACUAAAUCGAAAUCUUGAUCCCCAAGAAGAUACAUUUUACUGCUUACCAAUCGGUGUUCGAUCAAGAUUCGACCCACCGAUCCCAGAAACGUAUUUUGGAAACGCAACUCAAGCCGGGGUAGUAACAAUGAAAGCACGAGAUAUACUAAAGAGCGGAAUUGGAUACAUAGCUCGCGAGAUGAACAAGAUGAUCGAACGUUGUACAGAAGAAAAUGUGAGAAAUAAUCUAGAGGAUUGGAUAAAGAAUCCAAAUUUGAUUAAAUUGGCUCAUGGAAUUUCAAGAAAAGUAAUGUUGGCAAGUAGUUUAAUGAGAUUUGAUGUUUAUGGUAAUGAUUUUGGCUGGGGAAAACCUAUUGCAGUAAGAAGUGGACAUGGAAACAGAUUUGAUGGGUUAAUUGCAGUUUAUCCAGGACCUGAACAAGGCAGUUUAGAUGUUGAGGUUUGUGUUUUGCAUGAUGUUUUGCAGGCUAUGGGGAGUGACUCCCAGUUCAUGGAUUUUGUCACUCUUUGAAUGUUUUUUUACUUAUACCAUUUUCAUGUAAUUUCAAUUGAUAAUAUAUAAAAUAAAUUAAAUUAUUUUUAUUUAUUAAA